AUGGACAGUGACAUCAGUCAAAAUGGCGGGACAAAGGCGACUUUUCAAAACAAGGAGAGCACACUAAAUGGUCUCACCACAGUCCCAACAUCGGUGACACUGUCAUCCGAACAGUUCGAGAGGCUUUAUUUGACCCCUAUGACGGUUCGCCAAUCACCGCUAGCUAAGAAGGUUGGAAAUCCGACACCAUUGGCACUAGGAGGUUUUGUUAUUACCACUACCCCCAUUUCAUGCUGCUUGAUGGCCUGGAGAGGUGCUAGUGGAAAUGGAGUUGCUUUCAUUGGGCCUAUCAUCUUCCUUGGUGGUCUUUUGUUGCUCAUAACGAGUAUUCUUGAGUUCAUCAUUGGAAAUACAUUCCCCUGUGUCGUGUUUGGCACUAUUGGCGGGUUUUGGUUUGCAUUUGCAGCCACAAUGAUUCCCGCUUUCAAUGCAGCUGCCCCUUAUUCCUCGUCGACCACCGAUACAGCUGCCGGGCUAGCCAGCGAAGGAUUUAUGAAUACCUAUGGUAAGCGAAACCAAAUGCCAUCAAACUUGAGGAACUGCUCUCUGAUGACACUAGCGUUUCUAUUCAUAACUAUGGCUGUGCUGACGUUAAUUUUCAUGAUUUGUGCAACACGUAUAAAUGUGGUAUACACACUCAUUUUCCUCUCCCUGCUCUUGGUCUUCCUUCUUCUAUCUUCAGCAUACUGGCAACUAGGCCAAGGCAAUGCAGCUAUUGGUGAUCGAUGUGUAAAAGGUGCUGGAGCUUCGCUCUUUGUUGCUAGUUUACUCGGCUUCUACCUGUUGAUUGUUCAAUUGUUUGAAUCCAUAGGGUUCCCAUGCCCUUUGCCGGUUGGAGACUUGACACCACUUUGGACUCGCAAUCAAGACAAGUGA